AAACAAUAGGUUGGGCUAAAUAACAGGUACCUUCUGCUGAAUGGUUAUGGAAAUUAACAGUACAGUUAUGUUAACAACUGUUUCAGUACUAGGAAAUGUGCUUGAUGAGUUUCAAACAGUGUAGGUAGAUUAAUAAAGAAGUUAAGCUGUUAAUUAAAAAUGGGUGUGACAUAGUUAAGGAAAAAUGACUGAAGAAACAUUACCAGAAUCCAAUGGGUGUAUUUCCAAAGUAGUCGAUUCCUGGAGAACAUUACUUUCUACUUUAAACGUUGGACAACGGGUAUAUCCCUCGGAUCCAAGUGUUCCAAAGGACUGCGAAUUUAUCGUAAUCAAUUCUAAGAUACAUAUUCGUGUUUUGCAUAUUUAUCCAGGAACAAUACGUAAGUCUUUAUUAACACAACCAGUAAUUAAUGAUCCAAACAGAAUUUCAAAACGAAGUUCUAUAAGUGAGGAAUACUGGUUUACGAAAUGGAACAAGCCUUUAAAAAUAGGAAACUGCAACUGUUCAUUCCGUCGCUCUAUGAGAUAUUCAGUCGUUUUAAACCAACCUAUAGUACAAAGUGCAGGGAAAAGGGAAAGUGUACUAAGUGUUGAUCUACCUCCUACUAAAAUAAAAAAUGUAGAAACUUUUGUCGAAAGAUUAAUACAAGACACUUUCUUCGAAGCGUUUCAAGAAUAUUAUAUCUUAAAGAGUAAAAAUGAGACUGGAAAAACUAAUUUAGCAUACGAAACUACAGAAGAUGACGUUAUCGUAACUUUACGAAGAAAAUUUAAACCGUCCACGAAAGAUACUGAAAAUAUAAAAUCUGCAGCAAACCCAAGUGAAAAUAAUAAAAAUAGUGUAGAUGACUCCAGAUUUAAGAGAUGUGUUCAUAAAAAAGUACAAAAGAAACCCCUAGUUAUGUUACAACAUGGCAUAGGAGCAUCAGCCGAAGUAUGGUCCUUAAUAAUAAAUGCUCUAGUUCAACGAGGAUUUGAAGUUGUUGCGCCGGACAUGUUGGGACAUGGAUUGAGUUCCGCUCCGGACAAAUCUAACUAUUAUACUUUCAGUAACUUACUGUUGCAAGCCCUUACGAUAUUUGAUCAUUACAUGACCGACGAUAAAAGGAAAUGUAUCCUCAUAGGUCACUCUUACGGUUGUAGUUUGGUUACCGCAUUAUAUCCACACAGGGCGCAGCAAAUUGCACAGUUAAUUUUGAUAAGUGGAGGAGGCCCCACUCCAUUAGCUCCACCUGUAAAAGAAAAUGAAAUUUCACCAUUCGGCUGUGCUUAUAAUUUCCUCCAUCCACUUUUGUACUGUGGUUUAAAAAGAAGUUUCUUUUACUCGUCAAGAGGCAAACAUUUUGGGCCGUGUGAUAUUGGAAGCGGACUGCCCGAGUAUGUGCUUCAAAAUAUUGCAAAUGGGCAGAAGUGGCCUGAUGGAGAUGCAGCUUUUCACAGGAGAAUUCUCAUACCCACGCUUUUAGUGCACGGUUUACAAGAUAAGAACGUGACGUUGGUUCAGGAGUGUGAAAUGGAAAGAACCAUCCCUAGAGCAUUUUUAGAAUUGAUACCAAACGCUGGACACAUGCCUAUGCUGGAAACACCUGAACAUCUGAUACAUAUGAUAAUGUGUUUUUUGGAAAUGUGGAGCUGAUAUUACGCAUGUGUACAAGGUAUUUUCAUGAAAAAAAUACCGUUUUUGAAAUAUUUUCGUACAAAUAUAGGUCGUUAUCCUAAAUAAUCAAUUCUGAGUUGUGGUCUUCCAAAAAAAAAAAUAGCAUUUCUGUAGAUCCUUUUUACUUUUGCUUUCCUAAAUUUAUCACGUUAUAUUUUAAGGUUAUUGACAAGUUUAAACUUGAUGAAAGCUAAGUAAUUGCAUUUUUGAUUGUUCAAAAAAAUAUAUUUUUGAUUUCUGGAUUUGGAAAGUCUACAGAAAUAUAGUUUCAGUAAAUGUCACCACUUAAUUUUUUUAAGGUUUUUUUAAAUAUAAAUUCAAAAUUUAUAAAUUAAAGUGAAUGUUACCUCAAGACUGAAAAUUACGAAUAAUGUUUAAAAUUGGCUGCUUAAAAUCAAUUAAACAAUUUACUGUAUUCUUCCAAAAUUAUUGGAUGAAAUUGAUGUAUAAUAUAAAUCACUAGUUUCUUCCAUGGUGUGUUCAAAUGGUGAAAGGCCAGUCAUAGGCCGUUGGGCAACGUCGCUCGCCAAGGUAGAUAAAUUUCUUUCUAAUGUACUAACCGUCAUUCCUCAGUCUUUUAUUAUAAAUCCCCAUCUUCCCCCUCCUCUCGAUAGUGGCGCUAUACUGCUCCCGAACUCAGCUCAGGGAUCACUUGCAUAAAUAUGUUUCCCCUUUGUGUACAGAUAAUGGACUUACUCAACUAUCUCGCAAGCGAAGGGUCAACUCUCUUCUCUUUUAGAUUUUACCCUUACAUAAGUCUGUAUAUUUAAUUUCUAUGAAUAACUCUGUGCCCAUGUUGAUUGUUCCGCUUUCCUCGUUCUUUGAAAUGUCGAGGAAGAGGAAAAGCAAAAACACCUUAAACUAUGAAGGAUUUUAUGCCUAAAGGACAUGCUUGAGUUUUUGAAUUUAAAUUAGACAUGUAAUUUGUUCCUAUAACUUCUACCUUGAAUAUCAUUCACUAUCUCGUUAUUAUCUUCAGCAUCUAGAAUAUUUUUUACGGGGUGUACACUAAUGUAGAAAAAUGGGAAUUAUUGAGAAUUUCCAUAGAUCUGGACAUCAGGGAAUUUAUAUAUUCUUUUUUAUAUUAAUUUAAAACCGGGUUCACACAGUCUCAAAUUAUGAAAGCAUUUUAUAAAUGAACCCCCUUUCUGUUUCUUUUUUUUUAAUAUUACAUUUAAAUACUGCCUAGAAAAUAAAAUAAUGAUAUGUAGUUAAUUAUAUAUGUGACAUAAUUUAAACUCUUUCCAUCCAUUGGUUUCUUUGUCUGUCUUCAUAAAAAGCCGAUUUAUAUAUUAACUGGGACUGUCCAUCAGAAAAAUUGAUGGAAUAUAUCAACUUAUGAAAGAUCUGUAUGUUCAUAAAAAGAAAUGGAUCCCUUGGAAUCUCUUAUUGAAUCUAUAUGCUGACGUAACAAGUGUGUGAAAUCACUUGAAUUCUUUUUUACAUAUUUAUAAAGUCCCGUCUUCUAUAAACGUGAUAUAAUUUUGAUCUAAACAAUUUAGUGACUCCAGAAAUGAAAUAUGACCUGGUGCCUUUAGUGCAUUUUGCUUAUUACCAAAUGUUGAUAUAUUUAUAUAUUUCCAAACUAGUGUAUUAUAUAUUUUUUAAUAUGCACCAUAUGGAUAUUUUCUUAUCGAUAAAAUAUGUAUAUAUCAUUGAUAAGGACCUAGUCUGACAUAAAAUAAUCAAUAUAUCAGUUAUUACAUUUCGACGACUGCAAUAGAAUUUAAAAGUACACUGCAAUGUAAAGUGUUCAUUUAAAGAAAAUUAAAUGUACCUUCUGUGAACCAAAUAAGUAUAAAUUAUAUAUAUUUUUUGUUAAUGAUCUUAAUAUUUCUAGUUUUAGGUGGAAACUCAUUUUUAACAAGAAUUAUAUUUUUGUAUUCUGUUUUGAAGUAUUUAGCGGAUUUUACUCUUAUAUUUGGGAAUGUUAAGAUUUACUUGGAGUAACUAGAAAGCGUUUCCAACUAUAUUAUGCAGUAAAAUUGGUUUAAAUAUAGUGUGUCCCGUUUUAUAGGUACACAAACAAUUUACAUAAAAUAAUGGCAGUUCAAAUAGUUUUUAUUAUAUAGUGCGUAUUUGAUAACUAUAACUUUCUCAAAAUGGCAAAUUCACUCUGCUAAUUUUUUUAGGUGUUAAUUUAAAAAAAAUUGUAUUAGCAAUUUUUCUAUCCAACAUUAUCUAAUCACAUGGCACUAAAAUAAGAAACUAAUUGAAAUAUAUCAACUAUCUUUACAGAAGAUGGCAGAGGGAGGCAUUUUAUGAUCAUUAGAGAGCGGACAAUGUGUCUUUAACCCGAAGAAUAGGUCAAAUUUUGGUAGAGAUGUGUACGCGUU